AUGACUACUUACUUAGAUAUUAUAAAUCAAGUAGACUCAUUCAAAGAUCCUAGUCCAUACUAUAUAUUACUAGAUCAUGAAGGUAAAACAGAAUUGGGUUAUAUAACUCCUGAAAUUGCAAAUUUAUUCAAAUUAGAAUCAUCAUUUAUAGUGAAAGAUAAGCUAAUUCAAAUUGAUCCACAAUAUGAUACAAUUGAUAAACGAAAUAAAUUAUUUGAAGAAAUUGCCAAUAAAUGGAGAAAAUUACCUGAACUAGAUGAACUAUUAAAUAAAGGUUGGAGAAAUGAAUUAUAUAUUGUUUAUAAUCCAUCAACAAAACCAUAUGUUUUAAUUGAAAGAGCAUUUAGUGUAUUAUUAGGUGUUGUAACUUAUGGAGUUCAUAUAAAUGGUUAUAUACCUGCUGAAUUAUCAUCAAAUGGUAAAAUAAAAUUAUGGAUUCCUAAAAGAUCAAUGACAAAACCAACAUAUCCAGGAAUGUUAGACAAUACAGUAGCAGGAGGAUUAGGAUAUCCUCAUGGAUUAGAAACAACAGUAAUAAAAGAAUGUUUUGAAGAAGCUGGAUUAAAUGAACAAUUUGUUAAAAAAAAUAUAAAAAAUGUUGGUGUUGUAUCAUAUAUGUAUUUAACUAAAGAUAAAAGAGUUCAACCAGAAGUUGAAUAUAUUUAUGAUUUAGAAUUUAAAGAAAAAGAUUCAAUUCUAAUACAACCACAAGAUGGUGAAGCUGAAGAUUUUAAGUUAAUGGAUAUUGAUGAAGUACUCGCUGAAUUAAAAAAUAAAAAAUUUAAACCAAAUUGUGGAUUAAUUAUUAUAGAUUUCUUAAUAAGGCAUGGUUUAAUUAAUGCAGAGAAUGAAUCGAAUUAUUUAGAAAUUGUUAGUAGAUGUCAUGUUAAAAUGCCAUUUCCAACAAGAUAA